AUGAUGGUGAAGAAGCUUUGCUGCUUUCAGUAUUUUGCUCUUUGGAGUCUCCUCCUGGCUGUUCUUGUUUCCUCCAAGCACCAUGGAAAUUCUGCAAAUGACCUUGUUGAUAUCAUUAACAAGAACAGAACUGGUCAAAAGCUUCCUCAACUUAGCAACAGUCCUGGACUUGGGUGCAUAGCCUUGCAAUAUGCAGAGGAAUGCAUGGGGAACUGCAGUUCAAACAACAGUGUAAAUUGUCACCCUUCUGAAGAUGACUUCACCGAAAUUUUUGCUCCAAACUGUGGCGUUGAGCUACCCACUUUUGGGACCAUAUCUGGUCACAUUCUCGGCUGUCAACCAAAGUAUGUCGAGCCAUUGGAAGCCUUCUCAAAUGUACUUGUUCAUGACAAAAGAACUGUUUCUCUUUUGAGGAACAAAACUUAUACUGAAGUUGGAGUGGGGAUUAUCAAAGCUCACAAGCACAAAGGACCUUACUUAUGGUGCAUUUUGUUUAGUAGUAGCCAGAGAAACACCACAUUCGUACUUGAUGAUCUUGGUGAAGGGAUUAAGCAGAAGAAAGGAUGCUAUAGUGGAACCAGCUUCCCUUGCAGCAGAGCACAUAGAGACAAAGGUCUUUUAUCGAACAAAAUUGGGAUUUUGGUUCUGCUCUGUGUUAUCUUCUUUCAAGAAUUCCUUCUCAAACUUUUCUGAUAUUACUAUAU